ACAAUUGAAUCUAAGUUUUGGAAUAAGAAAAGUAGAGAUAUUGAAUCCCUUAAAAUAAAAUUAUAAGGACUAAAUUCUAAAUUUUGUGAAGAGUAGAAAAUCUUAUGGUUUACUUUAACCUAUAAAAAAUAGGUAUCAAACAUGCUUUUAUUAUUUCUAUUUAUUAAUGGUAUUUUUCAAUUUUGAAAAAAUAGAAAAGUUUUAAUCACAAUUAGGCCCCUGAACUAUACCCAUAUUCCUGCUUUGAUAUUUGUUUUUUUUUUUGGGUUUAUUUGUUCUUUUCCCCUUUGGAAAAGAAGACGUACACACAUAUUUGAUCGGAUUUACAAUUUGGGUUAUUUUGGAGGUUUUUGUACGUAAGUUAAAUGGAGCGGGACCCAGAGUCCGAUCCGCAACCGGAAUGGGCAGCUCCGGGACCCGAAACGGGGCUUGAAGUUUGAAAUGCAGAACCGGUUUGGCGGUUGGGAUUAGGGGGUGAGUCGGAAUCUUACCCGGAGCGACCCAAUAAAGCUAAUUGUAUUUACUAUUUGAGGACUGGGUUUUGUGGAUACGGCUCCAAGUGUCGGUUCAAUCAUCCACGUGAUCGUACCGGGGUUAUGGGAGCUGCAAGCGGUGAUGUAGGGGAGUAUCCAGAGAGAGUGGGCCAGCCAGUUUGUCAGUAUUAUAUGAGGAAGGGGACAUGCAAAUUUGGUUCUUCCUGUAAAUACCAUCAUCCUAAGCAGGGAGGUGAUUCUGUUAGCCCCGUGCCACUAAACUAUCUUGGAUAUCCAUUACGUCCGGGUGAAAAAGAGUGCUCUUACUUUGUGAAGACAGGACAGUGUAAGUUUGGUGCAACAUGUAAAUUCCAUCAUCCUGUGCCACCAGCUGUAGAGGUUCCCGCACCAUCUCCAACUUCUCAGGUUGCACCUCUGCCAACUCCACUUUCUGCACCUACAUUAUAUCACAGGACGCAAUCACCGUCUGGCCCUUUGUCUCAACAAUAUGGAGUUGUAAUGGCAAGUUCUCCCCUGAUGCCAGGCUCAUAUGUGCAAGGCCCUUAUGGUCAAUUGCUUAUUUCCCCAGGCAUGGUUUCUUUUCCAAGUUGGAAUCCCUAUCCGGCAGCUGUUAGUGUCGGUACUCAACCCGCUGUUGGAUCAAGCUCAAUGUUUGGGGUGACACCAUUAUCUCCUUCAGCACCUGCCUAUACUCGGUCUUAUCAACCCACACCUUCUAGUGUUGUGCCUUCGAGUAGUAUUCAGGAGCGAUCAUUUCCCGAGAGACCUGGUCAACCAGAAUGUCAGUAUUAUAUGAAAACAAGAAAUUGUAAAUACGGAUCCUCUUGUAAAUAUCAUCAUCCGCCAGAAGUGAUUGCACCAAAAGUUGAUGUCAUCCUCAACCCCCUCGGUCUUCCUAUUUGUCCAGGUGCACCACCUUGCAUUCAUUAUUCGCAACACGGAGUGUGCAAGUUCGGAGUUGCUUGCAAAUUUGAUCAUCCUAUGGGAACGCUGAGUUACAGUCCAUCUGCUUCUUCCCUUACCGAUAUGCCUGUUGCUCCUUAUCCUAUUGGAUCAACAGGUGGUACUCUAGCUCCAUCAUCCUCAUCUUCGGACUUGCGACCAGAACAACUUUCCAGGUCCAACAAGGAAUCUGCUCCACCCAUAAUGUCAUCAUCAGUGAGCGCAUCUAGUGAAUCAGUUGGUUCUAUUUUUUCUAAAGGUGGACUGGUUCAUCAUUCAAGUGCACAACAAUCAAGUCAGAGUUCUUUCGGCAGUGGCAACAACAGUAGCACUACCAAGGCACAAGCUUCCAGCUAAGUGAAAACAGAAGUAACUACUUCAAUUCCGAUUUUUAUCAAGAUCAUGAACUGAAACAUUAUUUCGUUUUUGGUGCAAGUCUUCGAAAGUGGGAGGCUUCAUUUCUUUGUUAUCACGGUUCCACAAUUCAGGUCUAUGCAUAGCAUCUCUAAUCAUCUGUAUUCAUAUAGUCCAUCAUAGGGCCAUCUAUUGUAUCUUGAAUAAACCCACAGCCUAAGCUUAGAAAGUUUAGUAAAAGCCAUACACCUAGAUUUUGAAUAACCAUUGAAGAACCUCUGCAGUUACAUUAGGGAAAACUGUGUCAACCCGCCCAAUUUUUUGGAGUCGUGUGUUGCAUUUGUUCACCAUUUGAUCUUUUAUUGUAACCUAAAAAGUCAUUGUGGAGUUGGACUAAAGUAUACACAAUGACUUUGCGUAUUGAAAAGUCGUUUUUAAUUAUAUAUAGGUUUAAUGACAAAUUUAGUCACUAAUGUUUA